CAAGAGUGGAAAGUUCUCUGCUCCUCUGAGAUCACAAGCAUAGCAUCAGCUCCAUGCAGGAUUCCAUCAUGAGGAAUGGCUAUUACAACGUGGUGGCAACUGUGCUGUUGGUCAUGAAUUUUGAGAGAACGAGAUCAGUGCAAGAUCUUUGUGGCAUCUGUCCAGCUGGUACUUUCUGUGGAAAAAGCAAGAAUCAGACUUGCAUUCCCUGUCCUUCCAACAGCUAUUCCAGCACAGGACAGAGAGCCUGCAACAUAUGCACGAAGUGUGAAGGUUACCACAGGGUCAAGAAGCCGUGCUCCUUCACCAGCGACACAGAGUGUGACUGCAUCUCAGGAUUCCACUGCUUGGGGGCAGGAUGUGCCAUGUGUGACCCAGAUUGUAAACCAGGCCAGGAACUGACAGCAGACGGUUGUAAAGACUGUAGUCCUGGGACAUUCAACGAUCAGGAAGGUGGUGUCUGUAGACCCUGGACAAACUGUUCACUGGAUGGAAAAUCAGUACGUGAGAAGGGGACGAAGGACAGCGAUGUGGUCUGUGGACCUGCUCUGCCCAACAUCUCUCCAGGUAACUGCUCCGUGACCUUGCCUGUCCCUGUGAGGGUGCAGGACAGUUGUGUUAAAACCAGGCACCCGCAGGGGCCUUCCACCUGCCUUGGGAUCCAUCUGCUGUUCUCAGACAUGUUAGUACGCAUGCCUGCUGGGACUCAUCCCAAACCAGUGCUGCCCCUUUGGCGCUCUGCGCAGGUCCUCACCUUCUUCCUGGCGCUGACCUCGGCCGCCGUGGUGUUCCUGCUGAUCUUCCUCGUGCUCCGGCUCUCCAUGGUCAAGUGGAGCAGGAAGAAGUUCCUGUAUAUAUUCAAACAACCAUUUAUUAAGCCAGUACAAACUGCCCAAGAGGAAGACGCCUGUAGUUGCCGGUUUCCAGAAGAAGAAGAAGGAGGAUGUGAACUGUGAAGUGAAAUCCCAAGAGCUGUCAGAACUCACCGGAAAGAAGCCAGAGAAAUUGAGUGAUCUCACUGUCAUGUCCUUUUAGAUUGAAAAGUGUCACACUAGAAAGCACCCAGCAUUGCCCCUGAUGAGUCUUCUCUAAUGCUAAUGAGUUGGCCUUUACAAAUGUUCCACUCUUAACAGAAGCGUGGGGCAGUGUUGGUGGUGAAUGUAAGAUGCUACUUAACAGGACUGGGCUAGGCUUUUGAAACCCAUAGAAAAAAAUGAUAGUUUCAAGUCAAUCCCAUCAGGGGCUGGGGAUGGAGCUCAGUGCUGAGCAUGUGUAAGGACCUGGGUUCAAUCCCCAGCCCCACAAACAAACAAACAAACAGAAACAGAGAUUUCAAUUCAAUCACAUGGGCAGUGGUCCAGCCAAAAUUACCAUCAAAACCAAUGCAGUUUUUUUUUGUGUGUGUGCUAAGUGACAUAUGACCAUAAGCCAUAGAAUAAGCAGUAAAUAUUCCCUACCAGAUUUUCCAUUAGUCCCCUCAUUAACACAAUGAUGUCCUCCACUGUCAGCAAGAAUGCUGAGAGCCCCUGAGUUUGGGGUCGAAGGAGACAUCACAGAAUUUAAAUAUUUUUGCCUGGACUGGGGUCCUCUUCAUACCCUCACCUUUUGCCAUUGUCCCGCUGAGCCGUUACAUUAAUCAAUGGGACAUGCCUGAAAAGCAUGAAGUUCAAGGAAAAAGGAGCCCCUGGGCACUCAACCCAGCCCAAGCACUAGUGCAGGGCACCAAGCUCCCAUGGCCUCCUCUGGCCACCAUUUGCCUUUGUAUGGCUUAUGAGCUCAGGAUAGUUUUCGCAUUCUUUUUUUUUUUUUUUUAG